UGAGUAAGGAUCAUUCAGUUAGCCAUGCCUUCACCUGAAUUCUAUAAGAACACGGGGGUUUGUGGAAAUCGAGCACAUCGACUUACAAUCUCCACAAGUCGCUUAUUUUCACCCGUACAUCGAGAUUUGAAAAUGAAGCUGUUUGCUAUCGUGGCGUGUGUCGCCUUCCUGUACGGUGUAUCCUCGGAGACACCGGACAUCGACAACAAUGCCGAGUUUGAAGCACUCUCGGUAGUAGGAGACCCGGACGAAUGGGACGAGACAGCCGUCUUGGCCUUGAAUGAAGACCAGACAGACGAAGGUUGGGACGAGGGGCACUCGUUGGCCUGGAUGUAUGGGGCGCAAGAACAAGUCAGCUAUCCCUUGGAGUCCGAGAGCGAUGCUCAGACCGAGAGAUUCAGCUGCAGUUGCUCCGGUGGCCGAUGCAAUUGCUGUUUGCGUUUCAAAAUCUUCUUCAAGAGAUACAACGCAUGUUUGGUGGCGUCUUACAGAGGUGGCGAGAUAUGCGCAGCAGCCAAGUUGAAUUCCAGAACUCUUGCCAGUCGCUGCGUCUCCGCGUCCCGUACUCAUGUGAAGGCGUGUAAGAGAAUAUUGAGAAGGAAAGUUUGUGCGGGACUGACCGACAUCACCUGGGGCUCCAGAUCCGUCACCGCUCGCGGCUUACUUGAGGUGAAAGGUAUCUUCAGCAAGAAGAUUGGAAGGAUCACUAUCGGCAUUUAGAUCGACAACACCAAGCCGCUGAUGCUUUAGAAUAAUAUGAUGUAUACGUUUUUGUUCCUUUAUUUCAUUUGAUAGAUUGCAGUCAUCCACUCUCAGAAAGUCAAAUCGUUUUGCAUUGAUACGUUUCAACUGUGGUAGAACUUUAUUUGGGAUCGCUUCGUUACCCAUCUUUCUCUAUUCCUGGCUUUGGCAGAAUUCUUUAUUUAGUUAAUAUGCAAAUUUGAAUAGGUUCACUGAAAUACUUGCAGAUGAACUUUUACAUCACUUACAGACAUCAAUAAAGUAAAAUGGAUUAAACAACAUAUAAUUGAACUACAUGUAUACAAAGCACACAUCAUCGCAAACGUGCAGGCAUCCAUUGGGUUUGUGAAAUUGGCGUCAUCACUAAUGAAACCGUUUAUAGUAAGUUCAAUCAAACACCAGAGGUCGACUAGUGGUUUGUACAGAACGAAGCUUACGCAUGCGCACGUAUAGCAAUAUGUGCGAAGGUCGCCUGGCCAAAGUAAAACUGGUCCAAACGUCAUCAAGUCUGUCUUAGAUCACUGCUUGCUGUGCAUGAUGAUGCGCGCUUCAUCAUUGGCACUAUAAGCAUUCAACUUCGGUAGGCUGCUGGUACAAAAGGAUCGACAAGACAAGUCCAGUCGGGUGAAGAAGUUAGUCCAGCUAUAUAUGCUUUAUAAAUAAUCCUCGCUCGAACUUGGUUCACCUUGUCAAAGAUUUUGCAACGUCUCACUCAAUUGGAAAAAAACACAGAUGCAAUUAGUUAAUAAUACAAUCUCAUCGCCAAUCAUUGAAGCAAUUCGCUUUAAAUGUAUCUUGACAACUGCAUAGUUAUUUUAGUUUUAAAUUAUUAUCAUCAGCGGCUAGUUUAAUUAAAUACUGGAACCUGAGUUCCACAUGACA